UUUGACUUCAAUCAAAGCUGGUUCUUCACUUUGCUUUACAUAUUCUGCAAGGGUAUGUUCUAUUAUUAUUAUUAUUACUAUUAUUAUUAUUGUUCCAGCCCUUGUUUAUGUAUAUAUAUCUAUGGCGCUGAAUGCAGUGCUGUGCUGCCCCCUGGUGGACGGCAGACUUGGGUCCGGCCUUCCUGCCCGGCUGCCUGGCUGGCAAACUUUGGCCCGCAAGGUCCAAGGGCCACUCACUUCCUCACUCACUCACUCACUCACUCGUGCAGUCCGAAAGCAGCUCGGAGCCUUCUGCCGGGGUUGAGAAGAGCCAGGAGACCCCCGAAAGAGUCACUGCUUCCCGAACCCAUGACUGUGAAUCACCCGCGAGCUGCCGAGGACGAGCCGAGGACGAUCCGAUAAGCAAGAGGAGCCAAAGGUCUCAACUAUAUUCCUCCAGGAGGCCUCACGGGAAAGAAUCAUCUCCAAAGGCGAUGUCCCUCCCGCUGACGGACUGGCUGUGGCGGCACGAGUUCUGGCUCCCGCCGGGCAUCACCUGGGAGGACAUGCGCGAGACGGCGGAGGUGCGCUACCCGCAGCCCCGGCACCUGCUGCUCAGCCUCCCGCUCGCCCUCCUCCUCGUCGGACUCCGAUUCCUCUUCGAAAGGAACGUCGCGGUGCCCUUGAGCCGGCGGAUGGGCCUUCGGGAAAAAGUCCGGAGGAAAGUGGCCCCGAACCCGGUCCUGGAGGCCUUUUACGCCACGCGCCGGAGGAGCCCCACGGGGGUGGAGGUGGAGGGCCUGGCCAAGCAGUGCGACCUGCAGCCGCGGCAAGUGGAGCGCUGGUUCCGCUCCCGACGCAAGUGGGACCGGCCCAGCCUCACCAAGAAGUUCUGCGAGGCCAGCUGGCGCUUCACCUACUACGUCACCGCCUUCUGCACAGGAGUGGCCAUCCUCUACAAUAAACCCUGGUUCUGGGACCACCGCGAGUGUUGGGUCGGGUACCCCCAGCAGCCGCUCCUGCCCUCCAUCUUCGGCUACUACGUCCUCCAGCUCUCCUUCUACUGCUCCCUGGUGGCCACUCUACCCUUCGACGUCAAGCGCAAAGACUUCCACGAGCAGAUCGUGCACCACGCGGCCACCAUCUUCCUCAUCAGCUUCUCCUACUGCGCCAACUACAUCCGCAUCGGAACUCUGGUCAUGAUCAUCCACGACGCGCCCGACUGUCUCUUGGAGCCCACCAAGAUCUUCAACUACUUGAAAUGGCGGCGGAUUUGCGACGCGCUCUUCCUGACCUUCUCGGCCGUCUUCCUCUUCACCCGCCUGGUCAUCUUCCCCUACAAGGUGAUCUACAACACCUACUACUACUCCAUGGAGAUCUUCCAGCCCUUCUUCGGCUACUACUUCAUGAACGGGCUCCUGAUGCUGCUCCAGCUGCUCCACCUCUUCUGGUCCUGCCUCAUCGUCCACAUGGUCUACAAGUUCCUCAAGUGCGGCACGAUGGAGAAGGACUUGCGGAGUGAGACCGAGGACAGUGAGAAGGCCGAGGACGAGGCUGAGAAAAAGGAGCCGCGGCGAAAUGGGAGCCUCAGCAACGGGAACUGCGGCGACGGCAACGUCGACGGCGACAACGUCCUUCUGGGCAAAGAGCGCCCCCUGGAGCUCAACGGCAGGGCUCUCCCGGACAACGGCCACCACCUUAAGGCCAGAUAGCCCUCCGCCGUGCCCGCCUCCUCUCCUUCCUCCCUUCUUUUCCUUCCUCCCACCCAUCCAAUUUCCCCCCAAACGGUUUCCGGUAGACUGUAGCCUCCUAGCCGAAUAUUCCGCUCGACCACAAUAACCAGAAGACUAAUCAUAACCAUUAACGAUAACUAUACUACUACUACUACUACUACUACAAGAUAAACCUUCUCGUCAGAUCAGCGCCGUGCUUUGGGUCUCGGGAGGAAAACGGAUCGGACCGGUCGGACGGACGGGGAUGGUGCCCGAGAUGCCGGCGUGGGAAUACGGACGGACCGAGGGUGCCGGGAAGGAGACGGUGAUGCCCCACCCGCCCUCCGUCGGCCGCAGCGGAGUCUCCUCCCUCCACGUUGAGCGUGGACAGGGCUCCGGACUCUCCUCGGGGGGUGGGGGGUGCCGUGGACAGGGCUCCGGACUCUCCUCAGCAGUGGGGGGGGGAUGUCAUGGGAUUUGGACUCUCCUCGGGGAUGUCAUGGGAUCUGGAUACUCCUCAGAGGGUCAUGGACAGGGCUCCGGACACUCCUUGGGGGGUCGUGGACAGGGUUCUGGACUCUCCUCGGGGUGGGGUGUGUCAUGGGAUCUGGACACUCCUCAGGGGUUCAUGGACAGGGCUCCGGACACUCCUUGGGGGGUCAUGGACAGGGUUCUGGACUCUCCUGGGGGUGGGGGGUGUCAUGGGAUCUGGACACUCCUCAGAGGGUCAUGGACAGGGCUCUGGACACUCCUUGGGGGGUCAUGGACAGGGUUCUGGACUCUCCUGGGGGUGGGGUGUGUCAUGGGAUCUGGACACUCCUCAGAGGGUCAUGGACAGGGCUCCGGACACUCCUUGGGGGGUCAUGGACAGGGUUCUGGACUCUCCUAGGGGGUGGGGUGUGUCAUGGGAUCUGGACACUCCUCAGAGGGUCAUGGACAGGGUUCUGGACUCUCCUUGGGGGUGGGAGGGGUGUCAUGGGAUCUGGACACUCCUCAGGGGCUCAUGGACAGGGUUCUGGACUCUCCUUGGGGGUGGGAGGGGUGUCAUGGGAUCUGGACACUCCUCAGGGGCUCAUGGACAGGGCUUCGGACACUUCUUGGGGGGUCAUGGACGCUCCUCCAGGGGUCGUGGAUGCUCCUCGGGAGGUCCUUGGGGGUCUCCAGACUCUCCUCAGGGGUGAAGGGGUGUUGUGGGAUCUGGACACUUCUCGGAGGGUCAUGGACUCCAGACUCUCCUCAGGGGUGUGGGGGGGUGUCAUCAAUCUGGACGCUCCUUGGGGGGGUCGUAGACAGAGCCCCGAACUCUCGUCAGGGGGUGUCAUGGGAUCCACAGGUGGGACCGGAAUGUUGUGGGAGGGUCUGUGCAGGGCGUCGGCAGGAGAAGGACAUGUAUCUGGGACGGUGAAGGACGGAGCCAUGGUGAGAGUUCGGGGUACCGUUGAGCAGGGAACGAUGGCUACCGUUUCCGCCCCCCCCCUUCCUGGCUGCACGUUGGGGUUUUCUUUCCUCGAGCUGCCCGGACACUGGAACCGAUAAUAAAAACUAAUUCCAGGAAA